AUGUAUCCAUUAUGCAUUGACACAAAUGAAAAGAUUGGCAGUGAUGUACAUAAUUUUGAUGGAACAUGCGGAGAAAUUACGUGUGUAGAAGGCACAACACAUGAUACAGAAGCUCUUGCGGUGGUUGAAUCAAGAAUUUGUGAUUCGUAUUACAUUCCAGAAUUGGAAGUUACAAAUUACAUAAUUAAUUCAAAUAGUAUAGAGGUGAAGACAGGUCAAUUAUAUAAGGAUAAAGCAACACUCGUCGAUGUGAUGGCGAAAUAUAAGAUAAAGAACAACUUCAAUUGCAAAGUAAAGAGAUCUGAUAUACAAAGUUAUGUGUUGGUAUGCUUUUCGGAUGAAUGUGGCUGGACUAUGAAGGCUUCCUGCAGAAAAAAAUCUAAUGUUUUCAAAGUUAGAUACUUCAAUAGUGAACAUACGUGUCCAAUGCGGGAUAGGGUACUAACCAAAGUCCAAGCAACAAUCGGGUUUGUAAGUGGUGUGACUGCUCCCAAAUUGGUCAACCAUAAAAGAAUUCAUACUCCGAAAGAUAGAAUUGCUGAUAUUAGAAAAUUCUAUGGGGUUCAAAUAUCUUACCAGCAUGCAUGGCGUGCUAAAGAACGUGCACUAGAAAUGAUAAGGGGUAAAUCAUUGGCUGGAUAUAGACAGAUGCCGAGAUACAUAGACAUGCUAAAUACUGUGUAUCCAAAUUCUUAUAUAAGGAUGCAAAAGACUGAGGAAGAUGAAUUUAUGUAUCUGUUCGUAGCCUUAAGACCAUUGAUUAGGGGGUUCGAUUACUGCAGACCAAUAGUUGUUGUCAAUGGUGCACAUCUGGGAGGAGCUUACAAAGGGACAUUUGUAUCAGCAAGCACACUUGAUGGGGUUGCAUAUUUCCAUUGGCAUAUGGUGUUGUGGACACUGAAAAUGAUUGUUCGUGGACAUGGUUCUUCGAACAAUUCAAAAAUGCAUUUGGCGAGCGCGAAGAAAUGUGUGUUGUAUCAGAUAGGAAUGAGAGUAUUAUGA